UAUUAGUCGUACUCGUACUCCCACUGAUUAGUACACCAAUGUCCCGAGUUAACCCAACUCCCAACUGCCAUUCUUUUUCAUGUUUGGUUGUUGAACAUUGCUGAUCCCUCUAUAAACGGUUCAAGCGUUCCUUUGCAGCUUCUCUCCGUUUCCAUCUCGGAGUCUGACAUUUGGUGAAAGCUGCAUGCAGGCGUGCGCUCGCUCCCGCAGCCAGAGGCAUUUCUAGCAAUGGAGCUGCACGCACAAAAUCCAACAUGCAAAUCUCUGCCUUUCAAUCCCCAUGUGCAAAUCUCACACAUUAGGACGGUUCCCAAUGCAUGCACACACAAAAGUAAUCACUUUUCUGAUAAAGUAGAUACCCCACUGCCCUCACAUUCAGAGUUUUUAGUGGUUCAACACUUCCAUAGAAGUGCAACCUUAUCCUUCCAAUUUAUGUUCCCUUUCAAUCUCAGGGCAGGUGCUGAAAUGGCAAACUAAAUAACUAUCAGUUUUAUAGAACGGGCAAGAGAAGGGGAGGAGAAUAAGAGAAAAUAAGACAGCACUUCCCUAACAGUAGCUGUGUGUGUGAGAGAGGGAGAGGGAGGGAGAGAGAGGGAGAGAGAGAGCGAAAAGCAGAGGGAAGGGAGAGCAGAAGAGCUUAGAGAGGGGAUCUGCAUUGCAAGUAGCUCUGAGUGCAGCAAGCGGUGGCUGUUUUUUCUCAACCUGUUUUUGUUUUUCUGGAGAGGGGAACAAGAACAAGGAGAAGAUCCGAGCGGAGGAGUGCAGUUUAUAAAAGUCCAGGCUGUGUCUAAAGCUACAGGGAGGACGAGGGAGGAGAGAAGCCGGGAGGAACACAAGGCAGCAAUGGAUAACAGAGUCCAGUCUGACCCUGGGAUGGCCUGGAUUCACACACUGCUGCUGAACUCCAUCCAGCACACACAUUAGGCUGCUAACGCCACUGAGCUCUCAUGUGCCCGUUCAGCGAUGCUCCCCGGGUAUGGGUUCUCACCUUUGCCUGACUUCCAGCCUCACCUUCAUGCCAUUCGCUGCCCAGGAGAAGCCCCCAGCAUGUGGAUCCCGGGCGGCUCGGCAGAAUCCCAGAGUCUGAGUGAAUCCACCGAGGACAGACGUCUCAUCCACAUGUGUCACCACAAGCACGUUGCUGUGUGCCAGCAGGAAACGCUGGCUUUUUUUGAGCUACAGCCAACAGCGACUCACAGAUUAAAUGGUUUUGGCUCCUCGAGGCCGGCCAUUAUACCACACGCACAGUGCACAACACACUCGCAGCAUCUGAAUGGUUGCAGACAGACGCUAAACGAACAGAAUGACACAUGCAGCAGAGGCCGCAGGACAGACAGCGAGCGUGGAACAAAUCUGAAUUCGAACUCUCCCGCACUCGCCGCAGGUGACGGCGAGCUUGAAUGCCAAAAUGGCAGCAGGACUCGUUCGCAGGAGGAAACUGAAAAGCCACGAACGGUCACGACAGUAUGUCGUCCUCUCCACGCUGCUCUUAGCCUCCCUCUAUCGUUCCCUCUGUCCUCUCUGUACACAAACAGAGACUCCUUGGAAUCUCAGCUACCGUCGUCACCAGAAUAUCCUGGCAUUCAGGGCCCAGACUCCUGCCAGCCUCAGAGGAGAACAUCACAGGCUUCCCUGAAAGAGAAAUCCAUCCGGAGAAAGAUGCAGGUUUAUUCCCCAGACAGUCCGAGUGAUGAAUCGCUCAGCAGCCCAGUCCUGGAAGCAGACUACAUCUUUCCUGGACCUUUUGCAUCUUUCUUAGAGGAAGACCUCAGCGGAAUAUCUUCACUAGAGACCAUUUCAAGUCCCUCAUCCACAGACGGUGCUACGGAUCUCUCAAACACCAGUCACGAUGAUAUUUUUAAUCUACCCGAAGAACCGUUGCAAAUAAUAGAGGACUCGAUGCCAUGCGUAGGAGAGGUGAGUGGCAGCAUGGACACAUCGAUCGCCGCGGGUGGAGGGAGCUCUUUGUCACGCACCCGCCAAGGCGACCAGGAACGGCGGCGCUUCUCAGCUUCAGAGAUAAUAUCGAGGCUUCAGCUAUCGCAAAGGAAGAACUCCUUCACCUUGAAGCUGGGGAAGUCGCUCUCUGCUCGGGUAGCCUCCAGGGACAGACAGAGCUCCAGCAACCUCAACCCCAACACCGACUGUAAGUCAAACUCAAAGCAGCGGAGCUCAGGAGGCUCCAGUGACAGCGCUCCCCAGAGUCCCGUGGGACCGGCACCUUCCUUUCCCAGCAGUGACAAUGGGAUGCCUUUGCAACGCUGGAGCGCCAAGCUCGGAAUGCGUAAGAAAUCCAUAGAGGAGGACCUGAACACACAUCCAUCUGUUCCUAGUUCAAAUCGACUGUCACGGUUUUUACCCAGCUCGAUUCUGUACCAGGAAUACAGCGACGUCGCCAUCAAUAGAGAGAUCCAGAGGCAGCAAGGGAAGGAGCCGGGCACAGAGGAGGAGGGGCUCAGGGAGGAGGGCUCUGAUGGGAUCCCGUCUCCAUCAAAUCUGUCCCCAUCCAGCUCCUUUCGCUCAUCGCGAGGCUCUGCUUUUGCACUGUGGCAGGAUAUACCUGAUGUUCGAAGCAGCGGGCAGCUCGACAACUUCAGCAACGAAGAAAGGAAAUUACAGGAGGCAAAGUUUGAGCUGGUGACGUCCGAGGCGUCGUACAUUCGCAGCCUGACAAUCGCAGUGGACCACUUCAUGCUAUCACCGGAGCUCGCAGACUGCCUCGGGGCUCAGGAAAAGCAGUGGCUCUUCUCCAAGCUGCCCGAAGUCAAAGAUGUCAGUGAGAGAUUUCUUCAGGAUCUGGAGCACAGGCUGGAAGAAGACAUUCUCCGUUUCGAUGUGUGCGACAUCGUCCUGGACCACUGCCCGUCUCUGCGAAGGGUUUAUUUACCCUAUGUCACCAACCAGGCUUACCAGGAGCAGACAUACCAGCGUUUGCUGCACGAAAACCCUCGUUUCCCCGGCAUCCUGGCUCGCUUGGAGGAGGACCCCAUCUGCCAAAGACUUCCUCUGACCUCUUUCCUAAUCCUGCCGUUUCAGAGGAUCACGCGGCUUAAAAUGCUAGUGGAGAAUAUCUUAAAGAGGACAACACCGGGUUCCCGAGAUGAGGACACCGCCACCAAAGCUUUCAAUGAGCUAAAAAAGAUCAUCAAAGAAUGUAACUCCAGUGUGCAGUCGAUGAAAAGGAUGGAGGAACUCAUCCAUCUCAACAAGAAAAUCCACUUUGAGGGCAAGAUCUUUCCUCUUAUAUCCCAGUCACGUUGGCUGGUAAAGCACGGAGAACUCCUGGAAGUAGACACUCAGACAAUGAGCAUCUCCGGAUCAAAGCUCAAGUUACCCACCAAGCCAGUGUACCUCCACCUGUUCAAUGACUGCCUGCUGCUGUCCAGGAGGAAGGAUACAUGGAAGUUUAUGGUGUUUGUACACGCUAAAAUCGGAGAGUUGAAAGUGAAGGAUCUCAGUCAGAAGCUGCAGGGCAUCUCAGGCUUCAUCUUCCACCUACAGCUGUGUGAAGGCCAGCAGCUCAAACAUCAGAUUCUGCUCAAAUCACACACCGAGAGCGGGAAGCAGAGAUGGAUCACCGCCAUGUUUCCGUCUGACCCACUCGUAGACAUCGAGCAAGCCAAUGAAAAUGAUGAUAUAUCGCAAGUUCAGUGCAUCAAAAGCUACCAGGCUCAAGAGCACGAUGAGUUAACACUGGAAAAAGCUGACAUUCUUCACGCCAAGACAAUUACAAGUGAUGGCUGGGUGGAAGGCAUCAGGCUGUCAGACGGGGAGCGGGGCUGGUUCCCCAAAUGCUACGUGGAGGAAAUCACAAGUCGCAGCGCGCGCCUCCGCAACCUCAGAGAAAAUAUCCGCAUCAAAUGUGUCACACAGAAACUGAAGGGAGAGCACUAACUCUUUUUAACUUGCAACUUGUCAUGUGUUAAAGUUGCAUUUUGAAGCUUGUGGAUGAUUGUUUUCUUUUUUAGAUGGACGUGGGACCUCCGUAAAGUAUGCAGGUGCUAAAACAAGCCAACGUGUUUUGAUUGUUAUCCCCGUGGUUGACAUUAGCAGUUUCCUUUGGCACACUAGCUCCAGAAAGAGAGUGCAAAGCUUCUAAUGCUCAUUUUCCAUUUGGAGUUUAGAUUUUCCACACGUAAGACUGUAAACUACACAGGGGGAUUACUUUAUGCAUGAUUCGGUACCAUUUUUACAGGCUGGAAAGAAUGAAGAAUGUGGUUUAAAUAUGCGCACGUUUAUCACCAGAGGUAGUAAAUGUAAGCAUCACUAAGCAAGUCUGUCACUGUUUUUCUAUCAUGGCUCAUGUGGGGCACAAUCUUACUUUGGGCUGUCUCCUGGCCUCUGUGGGGUGCUGCAGGUUCACUCUUCUAAUAAUCAGAAAUGUGCUUGAUGCGGGUGCUGCUUCUGAGAUGCCUCAGGACACACCACAGGCAGUUUUUUCACAUUCAUAUCUUCACGUGAUAUACGAUUUUUUACCAGUGCAACAGCGCAUUAUUUCCAUCUACACCCUAAAGUGAUAAGAAUUUGGUCAAACAUGCUUACCUCUUUACUAGAGGAUGAUACCUUUUUAUCUGGACAUGAUCUGCAGUAUCAGAUCAUGUGCUGUGAUGAAGUGCUUUCAGGACGGUAUUUUAGAAAGGAAACAAGUCGUAGGGUUUAAUACCGGUUACACUGUAUCCACAUAUGUAGCCAAACCCUGAUAUAUUGUGUGUAUUCCUCUGUGCCAUAGACUUCCACUUUUGUUCAGAAUCCACUGGUGACAUCUCUAAUUUGUCAGUCGCACCAUGACUGGUGUACAACAACAUAACAUUGAAACAUCUACUCCUGUUUUAGUAACAUCUGCAUGAAGUCAAAGCCGCAGCGAGCAGCUGUUGACCUAUAAAACCAGGAACUGAAAAACCUACCAGUUUCACCUUGUCGGGCAUUUACAUUAACCAUCCAUGUGGUAAAUGUGGACGUUUAGCAUUACAUGUAAUCAUUUUAAAAACUUUUUUGACCCAAAUUAGCAAUAUAAUUGAUUAUACCGUUAUACUAGAAAUACUGAAAAAAUACUGCUUGCAUACACUAAGCACUAACUUGCGUAUAGGUCUCCAUCCUUCAAAUUAUUUUGUGUAAAAAUUCACAAGUGACCAAUAGCACAGUGUGACUGAGCUGAAAGCUGUUGUUAAUGAACCACUUUAAUUAAGAUUCCAGUGUAAAUUCAUCCAGCGGCACAUGAAAUGUUUGUAACACAGCUUAUUUCUGUAUCUCACUUCUUAGUUUUAAUUUAAACUGUUGCAGUUGCAGUAUGUGUAUUUAUAGUUACUCCUCUAGCUGGUUCCUCUCUAAGGAGAUUCUGAUGUAAAUGUGUUUUCCGAUAAAAUGGGUUUGUGUAUAAAGAGCAAAACGUUAUGACUGUAAUUUAUAUGAACUAAGAUUUGACAAAUACUAUUGUAUAAAUAUGACAUUUGGAGUCAGUUUAAUUCCCAACGCCACAGUAAUUACAAGCGCUGUCAGACACUGGAUGUUUUCUGGAUUUCUGCACAUUACUGUAAAUGUUUUGCCUCUGAAAUAAACAGAUCCUUACAAUA